AUAAAGAAAGAAAAUCCCCUCCAUAUGGCGGGUCAGUGAAGUGGUCAUUAUACACUCAGGCAGCAGUGGCACUCUACAGCACACACACCUGCAGAAACACAUGCUUUCCAUAUAUUAUUUUACCUUGCCUACUAAACAGCACUAUAGAGCUGGAGUGCAACAAGCACUCUGUAGUUUCACUGCACUGCACUGUAUAUACAUUAUGUCUGGAUGUGAAUCAGUGUGCAGUGUAAUUAUCAUACAGUACUUGCCCCUCUUCCUCUUUGUCCUCUGUAUCAAAUCAUCCACCUCCUACUUUCUUCCCCUCCCCUCCCUAGAACACCACCCUCUCCGCCCUCCCCUUUCAAACCUUACACCACACCUCUCUCUCCCUCCUGCCUCUUCCUCUCCUCCUCUCUCUUCUUUCCUAAUCUGGAUAGACAGCAGGAUGGAGGACAGGGUGUGGACUGUUUGCCUUCUUGUCACUUUGACGAUGGGAUGGGCCGAGGCUCAGAGUGAGACCAACCUCACCAGGCCUGUCUUCCACUGUGGAGGCCACCUGGUCGUAGAAUCAGGCAUUGUGGCCAGUGAAGGCUUCCCCAGUCACUACAAACCCAACAGUAAAUGCACCUGGUACAUCACUGUCCCAGAAGGUCAUGUGGUGAUGUUGUCUUUCCGUCUCUUCGACCUGGAGGCCGACCCCAUCUGUCGCUACGACUACCUGGAUGUCUACAAUGGCCACUCCCGCUUGGUGCAGAAGCUGGGUCGUUUCUGUGGGACGUUCAGGCCCGGCGCCCUUAUCUCCACCUCUAACACCAUGAUGUUAGAGAUGGUGUCAGAUGACGCCACAGGAGGAAGAGGAUUUCUGGCUUCCUUUAAUGGGGGGAAACCACAUGUGGAAGAAAACCAGUUCUGUGGAGGACGGCUGACCAAAUCACAGGGCUCUGUCAAGACGCCCAACUGGCCGAACGCUGAUUACCCAGCAGGCAUCAGCUGCUCCUGGCACAUCUUAGUCGAGCCGAGCAAUGUGAUUGAGGUGAAGUUUCAGAAGCUGGAUUUGGAGGCUGACACAUACUGUCGCUAUGACUACGUGGCGUUAUUUAACGGGGGAGAGAAGGAUGACUCAAGGAGGAUUGGGAAAUUCUGCGGCGAUAAAUCGCCAGGAACUAUCGUGACCAAUGGGAACGAGCUCCUUGUCCAGUUUAUCUCUGACCUCAGCGUGACCUCAGAUGGCUUCAUGGCCUACUACUCCAGCGUGUCCCGUGGGUCCCGGACACCCACCGCCGGAGGUGACUUUAUCUACCGACCUCAGCCGACCUCCACACCACAGAAACCUGCUGUGAAGCCAAGCAAACCCACCAAACUUAGACCCAGCUUCCAGCCUAAACCCACCAAAAAGCCAGUUGUGAAGAAACCUCCACUGCGCAAGCCUACUGCUAAGUCUGUGCUCAAGCCCACAGCUAAACCCAAACCGGCUAAGCCCACACCUAAACCCAGAGCUAAGCCUUCACCAAAACCUAAGGUUAUAAAGCCAGCACUCAAACCUAGCAGCAAGAGUAAGCCCACACGUAAACCUGCGCUGAAGACCAAGCCCACCUUAAAGCCUGGUGUCAAACCAGCAAAAUCAGCCCCAGUGAAGCCUAAAGUGGCGCCUAAACCAGGCACGACAGUGACAAAGAAACCUGUCAUGAGCAAGAAACCUGUGCCACUGAACCCUCUGUGUACACAAGCCUGUCAGAGGACAGGAACUCUGCAGUCCAGUUUCUGCCCUCAUGACUUUGUCAUUACUGGUAAGGUUACAUCUCUGACCAGUGGUCCAGGAGGCUCAGCAACAAUCGAGGUCUUCCUGAUGAAGGCCUAUAAGACAGGACGCCUUAACAUCACCAAAGCAGGGCCUUCUACAUCGGUCACGUUGACCUCCACCUGCAGGAGGUGUCCCGGACUAACCAAAGGCCUGAACUAUGUGCUGAUGGGAAAGGUCGAUACACAAGGCAACGGCCACCUCAGCCCCUCCAGCUUCACUCUCCUCUAUAAGCCCAUCCACACAAAAGCACUGGAGAGCCUUUCUCGCAAACCAUGCUGACAUCACAGCCCGAUCAACCAAUCGGAUUGAUAGCUUUGACCAUCUAAAAAUUUAACUUGAUAUAAAGAGUGAAAAUAUUAUAAGCUCUGAGAAGUAAUUACAUUUUACACAGACAUUAAGGUUUUGUAUGUAAAUUGUAUUAUAUAUGACAUUUCUGUUUUAA